AAAUAUGUUUGUGUGCCAGGAAGUUCAGUGAGAUAGCUGUCUUACUCCAUUGUCGACUGAAUAGAGAAGGGCAAAAAUGGUCGAAAAGGAAGGCAGUAAAAACCAAGUUAAAUACUACCGCUUGGAAGAAGUACAUCAACAUAAUUCUUGUAAAAGCACAUGGCUUAUUAUCCAUUACAAGAUAUAUGAUGUCACGAAAUUCUUGGAAGAGCAUCCAGGAGGAGAGGAGGUACUCAGGGAGCAGGCUGGAGGUGAUGCUACAGAGAGCUUUGAAGAUGUUGGUCAUUCUACAGAUGCUCGAGAAAUGACCAGCAUGUACAUGAUAGGUGAACUUCAUCCUGAUGAUAGACCCAAAAUUCAGAGACCAGCAGAAACAUUUGUUACAACAGCAAGUGAGACUUCAAGCUGGUGGACCAACUGGAUUAUUCCAGCAGUAGCAGCAACCAUUGUUACUUUGAUGUAUCGCUUAUACAUGACUGAAGAAUAACCACUGUUUGGGAAUUUGCUUAUCAGUAAGACUGAGCAACUGUGGAUCUCUGUAGAAAUUCAACUGUUUGAACAUCGGAUUGUGAAUCAAUUAAAUCCUUAAAUAAUAUAUAUAUGUUUUUUUUUUUCUUUCUGUAAGAUUUAAAUAUGUAUUUACAUCUUUUGAAAUAUAUGGAUGGAAAAUAUAAUCUGCCUUCUGAAGUACUGAUUAAUGUGUUUUUUUGUUUGGUUUUUUAUUUCACUUGCCAUAAAAGCUGUUAAAAUGAUUUAUAUAUAAUGACAUAACUAGUCUACACAUUACUGUAUUCUUAGUCUCUGGUUCUUCCCCCCCUCGAAUUCCAUUCCAUAAUGUGGGGCUGUAGAAAUGUUUUCUUUUUUCCUGUUUUAAUGCAUCUUACCUGAGCACCUUCUAAACUGUAACACCCUGUAAUAUAAUCUGGUCUAUACCAGUCAAAAAGAAAUAAAUGAAUUGUUAUUUUA